AUGUCGGGUCUCUCGCAAUCCCGCUGGGCGCCCAAGUCAGAUGAGCCCCAACACCAGCCACGGGCGGCCACCGCGCCCGGGCGGCGCAUGUUGUUGUCCCCCGCCGGCGAGCUGUCGCGUUUCAUGAAGAUCGUGGCUCGGUUGAGAUGGAAACUCCCCUUUCUGGCAGAGGGGUACCGCCUGGCAAUUUUUCAGACAGACUCCAGCGCCGAUGUCGCGCAUGCGGAGGUGAUGUUCAAGAUCGACUUCCACGAGUACUACGCCCUGCUGGAGCGCGCGUUGGUGCAUCUGCUCGGCGUCUUUGGUAUUGCCGUCUCGGCUUCGACCAAGACCCCGGGGGCGUCCGCGUCAGGCCGAACGCACCGCUAUCAUGCCAAUGUCCUGGGCACCCUCGAGGUCGAGACGUGUCCCUUGCACUCGGUGCUGGGCCGGGGGAGUGUGCUCGAGCAGCUGAAGAACGCCAAGGAGCUGCGAAACCGUUGGAAGACGGCGGAUUUAUCGGAGCCGGAGCGGGCGCAAGAGUCCAUCUGGUCGCCGAAGAGACCGGCAGUGCGACCUUUGCGGGACUAUGAUUUCGACCGGAUGCUAUCCGACAUUUUCGUCGGUCUGGAGAACGGCUGUCUCCUGGCGCAGGAACAUGUCCAGAACAUUGACCAGACCAUCAAUGGCCAUGUGCAGGCCGAUGGCUCGCAUGCGGACUGGGAUUUUAUCGUCGACGCCAUGGAUUGGGAGGCCGUAUGA